GACAGACGACUGGUUCAGGUUUCAGGAGCAGCGGUCUAGUUACAGUAGACCAUCGGAUCCUACACAUUCUGUCCUACAUUCUCGACUUUCCCGUCCGCCCGUCGCGUCGCCUGACUGGUUCUCGGUGGCUCUCCCUUGAUAUGCCUCCAUUGUUGCCCCCUCCGACCAGAUUAUCCCAUUCUCGGGCCUGCUAGUUGUCUCGCAGUUGAGUCCCGGUCCCUCAUUGUAUUGUUGAGGGGCAUGAUCUGUGAAUAAGAGCUCCGAUCAUCUACUGCUCUCUGUUCUGCAUCGGUGCUCUCUGUGACAGCACCAAUCUCCUUCCAUCAUGCCGUUGUAUGGCUCAUCCAGCCGCUCCAAGAAGUCUAAGAAAGAUGGUGCCAGUGAAUCGUCUACGGCUUCUGUCCUCUCGGCUACCUCUCGGUCCACCAAGGUUUCUAGGUCGUCUGUAGAUCGGCCUCCGGUAGCGCCCCCAAACCCGGCUUCCGUCUCGAAGAGCAGUGAUUCAAACUCGGCCAAUCCCUCUCGGAUGCAAACAUCUGCCAAGUCUGCUGAAUCUGAGCGUAUCGUCCCGAACGUUUUUGAAUUUCUCGACGAGGAUGUAUCCACAUCAGAAGAGGACUCCUCGGCAGAGGAGGACUACAGAUCGCAUCGCUUCUCUCACUCAUCAUCAACUAGCACACAACCGAAGAUGGCGCAUGUAGGGUCAGGACGUCAGAGCAGACUUGCUGGAGUUGGUGCGGAUGCACGCAGUCGAACAUCAUCUACAAUGUCCAAGGCUUCCGUGGACUCCCAACCGUUGCCGACGGCGUUUGAUAUCGCUUCUGGUGUGCCAUCAUUGCACAAGGCAAGGAACAACCCUAUUCAGCAUAAGAACCCCUACGAUGUGCCUCCAGGCACUUUCACAGGCUCGAGUUCGCCCGAGAAACGGAGCCUAGAGCUCAGUCCUCGACCGGAUGCCUUCUACUCGCGCCAUUCGGCCAGCCAGAACCGGCCGCCUCUCCCACCAUCGCCGCCACGGAGCCCCGAGGAAGAUCUUCACCGACCCAAUCAUAAGCGGAGUUGUAGCACAAAGUCAUCACCGUCUCCCUCGGGCUACGGUCUCCUCGCCUGGCGUCUUAGCUCAUCAACUGACAACCUGGAGCCCCGUCUCCCACCGCUCUAUCGUCGGUUCGAAGAUGUGAAUCACCGGGUGCUUCUGCAUCUUCAGGACGAAAUUGCACAGAUGGAGGAGGACCUUCGUGUUCUGGACGAGUAUGACCAAAUGCAUCGGGCGGCUACGGCCGAACAACAGGGUACCACGAUCCUCCCAGCCUCGCGACGCAUGGACGUCCAGGCACAAGUCUAUUCUUCCUUACAUUACCGAAAAGAGGAGCUGCUGGGUGCAUUGGCCCACAAGACUGAACAAUAUAACAAUGCACUCAGUGCAUACAGUCGAGUUCUCCAAACUCUGCCAUCCGCCUCUAACAAAGAUAUCGAAACCUAUCGUACCUGGAUGAAGGAAAGCAACCCCAUCAUUGCCGCGGAGACACGCUUUCUCGACCAUACCAAAGACCUUGUUUCGCUCACCCCUCGUGUUGUUUCAUCAUCCUCUUCCCCCGCUCGACCUGUUUACGCUGCAAUUAUCAUCGCCUCUGCAGCCUUCAUCCUCCCUUUGCUCGCUUUCAGUAUGAUCGCUGAUUUCUCUGGCCGUCUUCUGGUGGUUGCCGUUGUAAGCGGCGCCGCCGCCGCCGUUGCCUCCACUCAAUCCACGGGAGCAGAUCAUCUUGUCGGUUCCCAGGAUGGCUGGCGAUGUGCUUCACUGUACUUCGGCUUCAUGGCCACAGCAGCCCUCUUUAUUCCCUAGCGUUAACGCAAGCAGACAUUUCGGGUUGCUUAUCCAUCAACCUAAAACUCAUGCUGACGACUUUACGAAUUUCCUUUGAGUCAGCGUUUCU